UUCUUUUUCGCUUCCCUCUUUUUACAAAUUUCAACAUUAAUUCGUUCCCGCGCCCGCACACUGUUUCUCUUCAUUCCCCAUCCACGCUCCUUUCUCUCGCUCUCCGUUUUCCAAUUCACUCUCCGUUUCGUGCUUCCUCAAGGUUGUUGACUCCUGAGGUGGUGAGUGUCACAUGAUUAAACAAAUAAGAGAAGUGAGAGUUUGUUCCAAAGAUAGAAGGGCUGUGUGUCAUUUAAACCAAUUUGAGGGGAAGAGUAUAACAACAGAUCAUUUUAUGAUUAUCACUCUCUGGAAGGUUGAACUAUCAUGAAAACAGGGAGGUCACAAGAGAGCAAAACUUUUAAUGCUUCUGGAAAAACCAGUCUAAAGAAAGGAUCUAUUGGAGUGAAAAAUUCUUCCAAGAAAACAAAUAAAUUGGAUCACAAAGCAAGAGGAUGCAGUGAGGAAUUGUUGACUGACAAAGAGAAUCAGCAUUUUCUAUUUAAGGAACCUGUGAGAUUGUGCCCAGAACAUCCUCGUGAAGAUACAUUUCUUAUGAAGAUGAGAGAGGCGCUUGAGCUUGAACAUCGUCCAGGACAAACACUCAUUUCUUCUGCAAAAAUCAAGUUACAACUUUUUCCAGUAAAUGAAGAAAUUCGAACAGGACUUGAAAAGGAUGGGCAUAAUCCAUACUUAGAACUCACACUAAGUGGUAAAAAGAAGAUUUCUUCAGUUCUAAGACACCUUGAAACGAAGUGGGGAAGUUCAAGUAUAGCCAAAGGGGAGCCCCUGCUUUUUCCAUACAGCAGAAUGGGAAAUUUAUCUGACUGCAAAAGGUGGACAAUUAAUGACAUCGAAACUACAGCCGCAGCUGUGUAUACUGCUGUUGGAAGCCCUGCAACUUUCCGGUUGAAGUAUGGUUGGUUUAGCAUACAUGAGCCUACGCCCCCUGGUUUGUCCUCCUUGCCAAUUCCCUACGAGUCUGGUGUACAGUCAGGAGGAAAAGACAGAGGUUGCAAUAAUGAUGUAGAGUCUUUAUUUGAUGAACGGGACAAGAUUGAGGCAACUGCAGAAUACAAAGCAACUUGUUCAGACAAUGUAACAAGUAAAAUUGUGGCUCAGAAAAUGGACAAUGCACCUGCUGAUCCUCUGGAUAAUAAGCUAAAACAAAGUUGCAGCCUUCAACAGCCAUGGAUUGAUAGUCUAGACAAUAUAAGCAUUGGCGGCUUUCUGUCUGAAGUAUCAUUACUGGGAAAGUUUGAUUCAAAAUUAUUUGGCAGCAAUGCUACCAUUCAAACAAGUCAUUUAAUUUCAGAUUCAUUGGAUGCUUUUAUCACUUCCCGAAUUAGCCAACCUCCUGUUUCAACACCAUCUGCUGAAGCCUUGCGCACAUCCAUAUUGGAUGCUGAAGAAACAUGUCAUGCAUUUCCUCUUCAAAAGUUAUCUUCUCGAGCAGAUGUGCAGACUGCUAGUGGAACCGUGGCCUGCAGUCAGGAUGUAUCUCCAAACUCAUUGAAGCUUCCAUGUACAGAAAAGGUCAAUGAUCCAGAUGGACUUUCACAAAGUACCCCGUCCGAGAAGACUCAAACAGACUUGUUGCUUUCUUCACGUUUGUAUGAUGAUGAAAGAAGUCUUGGGUUAACCGGCAUCAGCUGGAAUGAUUCUAUGGGACCUUUCGAUCUUGGCAUGUUAGCAAAGAAACACAUUGGCGGAGACAGCGUUGGUAUUGGUGAAUUUGUUAAAUAGCAGCUUAGAUGUUGGAGACUAGAGUGUUUUGACCUCUUCCAAUUCCGAUCCAAACACAUAUUGUUUAAAAAAAGGGAACAUGAAUAAAUUGUACGUAAUAGAAUCACUUGCUGUAGAGACAUGGUGAAAUGGAAAGAAAAAAAAAAGUAAAGAUCGAAUACCGAGCUUUUUUGUUUGACAGACAGAAUACUGAGUUGUUAAGUGUAAAAAUUACAGUUAGUUCUUUGACUUAGCUCUUCAAUGAUUUUGAAGCCGUUCUUGUCCACAAUGUUUCAAAUCGGUUGCUUUGCCAUAUAUUAGGUGUCAAGUGCUGGAUUUUGAAAUGUAAUUAAAUUCUGUGCUAUUGUUUUGAAUAUUUCACCUGUUAUUCAGAAACUAUCGUAUUAGUGCGAAUUGGAAGAAGGCUAA